CGCUUUGCAGAGUCACUCUCCAAAAUCCCCCACACUAGCCUCGCUCGCUCCUCCCAAAGUCAAAACAGGCACCAAGAAUUUCCUCCAACACCUACCCUCCAUGGCCACCUCCGCCCUCGCCACCCUCUCGGCCACCGCCGCCGCCGCCGCCGGGAUCAAGCGCGCCCUCCUCUCGCGCCCCUCGUCCACCCUCUCCUUCGCCUCCCGCCGCCUCGCCUCCGCCGCCCCCCUCCGCGCGGCCCCGCUCCGCAACGCGCCGACGCGGGCCGCGUCUGCGACCGCGGCCCCGGCCGCGGCGCCCAUCGCGGUGGGCGACCGGCUUCCCGACGCGACGCUCUCCUACUUCGACGCCCCCGACGGCGAGCUGCAGACGGUGACGGUCCGCGAGCUCACCGCGGGCAAGAAGGUGGUCCUCUUCGCGGUCCCGGGCGCCUUCACGCCCACCUGCACCCAGAAGCACCUCCCGGGGUUCGUGUCCAGGGCCGCCGAGCUCCGCGCCAGGGGCGUCGACGCCGUCGCCUGCGUCUCCGUCAACGACGCCUUCGUGAUGCGCGCCUGGAAGGACAGCCUCGGCGUCGGCGACGAGGUGCUGCUGCUGUCGGACGGGAACGGGGAGCUCACCCGCGCCAUGGGCGUCGAGCUCGACCUCUCGGACAAGCCGGUGGGCCUCGGCGUGCGGUCCAGGCGCUACGCGCUGCUGGCCGACGACGGCGUCGUCAAGGUCCUCAACCUCGAGGAAGGCGGCUCCUUCACCAACAGCAGCGCCGAGGACAUGCUCAAGGCGCUCUGAACCCUCUGAAUCGCGCGCGUUCCCCUCCGCUCGCCAUGGUUCGUUCUCUGUUUCCCUAAAGCGUUUUUUUUUUCUCUUCUGAAUAAUAAUAAUCGGUGCGGCAACGGCGGCUUGUGCUGCUGCUGUCACCUUGAUCUGGUGGCGAGUACUCAGUAGUGCGACGUGUUAUACUAGCUUUGGGUUAUGUUGUCUUUUUUGAUGUGAAGUCUCUAGAGAACUAUGGCAGCAGGACUCGUGGCAGUGUCCUGGUUUGCAACCUGGCACGGCAUGGAAUUUCACUUUUGCUUGUUCUCUGCAUCGUAUCAUACAUGUGUGUCGAGAUGGCAUGGUUGCAUCAA